UAAACGUGUUAGGUCGGCUAUCUCAUCCCAAACAUCUUGGACAGAUUGUCGCACUGCAACAUCUCUUGCUUUUACUUACCUUUCAAAACUUGCCGAAUAAUUGCUUCUGAGAUACAAGUUGGGAGCAAUGAAGACAGAAAACAAAGAAAAAAAUAACGACAUGAUCAGUGACUUACCGGACUGCGUUUUACUUUACAUAUUAUCGUUAUUGAAUACCAAAGACGCCGUUCAAACUUGCAUACUCUCCACAAGAUGGAAGAAUCUUUGGAAGAAUCUUCCCACCCUUAGGUUAAAUUCCACACACUUAGAGACUUUCCAAAGUUUCGCCAAAUUUGUAUAUGGAAUUCUGUCUCUUCGCGAUUCAACAACCUCACUUCACAUUCUCGAUUUUCACCGCAGUGGAAUCAUAUGGCCUAGCUUACUCAAAAAAAUCCUAAAAUAUGCUGUUUCACACAAUGUCCAGCGACUAAAUAUCAAUGUCUCAGAUGUUGUUUCACACUUACCCUCUUGUUUAUUUUCAUGUCAAACUCUAACGUCUCUUAAUCUUUCUUUUAAAUAUGCUACGGUAUUAUUUCCGUAUGCUUUAAAUUUGCCAGCAUUGACUAAUUUAUCUUUGAAGUGUCUUAUCUUUUGUGCUGGUGACGAUGGUCGUGUCGAGCCUUUUUCGACAUUAAAACUGUUGAAUAGUUUGAUCAUUAAGUAUUGUAAAGUCCGUGAUGCACAAAAUCUUUGCAUAUCAAGUGUCACGCUUGUCAAUUUAACAAUGAUAUCUUGUCCCUAUUCUUUUACUGAGUUCAAAUUCGAGCUAUCCACUCCAUGUCUUCUUAAAUUUAAGUUUUGGGGUAUUCCUAUUCAGAAACUUUGUGGAAGCAAUAACAAUCUUUAUUCUACAAAACAUGUAGAUAUUAAUGUAGCAAUGGUGCUUAAUUCCAUGGAUACACCUUUCCUUUUACUCAAAUGGUUGGCUGAGCUUGCCAAUAUCGAAUCAUUGAUUGUCUCGGUAACUACUCUCCAGGUUCUCUCCAUAGUUCCUGAUUUAUUCAAGGUUGAGUUCCCUUUCUUGCGAAAUUUGAAGUCACUGAAAGUAAAACUGAGAGAUAUUGAGUUAGAGCAAGCAGUUGCCAUGUCACAAACAGAAGCUGUCGAGUUAGGAGUAGCGUUUGAUGCAGAAUUUGAACCCUUUUCAUUCGUACCUGAUGGAAUAAUCGAUUUCUUGAUUCAAAACUCACCAUUUGUAGAUGUUAACAUCAUUGAUUUCUGAAAGUGAAAUGUAUACACAUUAAACUUUUUCGAAGAGAUUUUUUGGUUUGGUUUUUGUCUCA